AUGAGCUUUGUGGGAGCAGCACAAUCAGCUGUCUUCACAGUGUUCAUACAACGUAAAAGAGCAGCUUGGACAAUUGGUUUCAACAUUGACUUGUGGUCUACGAAAUAUGGUGUGAAAGAAAAGGGACCAGUUUUUGUGACAAUGUUUAAUCCCCUUUCGACGUUACUAGUGGCAGUUCUAGCAUACUUUGUCCUUGACGAAAAGCUUUAUGUGGGAGGGGGAGUUGUUGUCAUUGCUGGCCUGUACUUUCUAUUAUGGGGCAAAGAACAUGAUCAAGAGCCACAGAUAAGUGCAGAGAAGCAAUCUUGUAUUGCUUAUGAACAGCAUCCAGACCCUAAAACACAAAUAUUCAAUUCAACUGCAAAGGAUUCACAUGGAGAACCUUGA